AUGCCCGCCGCUAGGCCCCGUGCCGCGCGACCCUCGCGCUCCGGGGAGGUAGCAGGACGCGAACAGGCCGAGGGAGGGCGCCGCUCAUGCCUCACGUCCCCAGCUCCCGCGUCAACCCGCCCUCGGCCCGCAGCUGGCAACGCCUCGCACGUCGUAUCGGGAAGUGUAGUCCAAAACACCAAGGCACUGCUCGUCACUCCAGUUCUGAUCCGCUCCUGUACCAGGGGUCUAAUCAGGCCUGUGUCUGCCUCCCUCUUGAGUAGACCAGAGGCCCCAUCUACACAGCCUUUCUGCAGCAGCUCCCCUCUCCAUGUGGCCAGAUGGGAAUUCCAGACCAGUGUUGUUUCCCGGGACAUUGACACAGCUGCCAAGUUUAUUGGUGCCAGGGCUGCCAUAGUUGGUGUGGCUGGCUCCAGGGCUGGCAUUGGAACAGUGUUUGGUAGCUUGAUUAUUGGCUAUGCCAGAAACUUGUCUCUCAAGCAACAGCUCUUCUCCUAUGCCAUUCUGGGAUUUGCCCUGUCUGAGGCCAUGGGGCUCUUCUAUUCAAUGGUUGCCUUCCUAGUCCCCUUCGCCAUUCUGGGAUUUGCCCUGUCUGAGGCCAUGGGGCUCUUCUAUUCAAUGGUUGCCUUCCUAGUCCCCUUCGCCAUGUGA